AUGGAAAACGUUGUUGACCUUAAGGAUUCGAUUAAAGGGUGGUCUUUGAAAGGGAAGAGAGGAAGGAGAAGUGUUGAGUUGAAAGUUGAAGAAUCGGAUCCACCACAAGAAGAUAUGAAGAAUGAAGCUACAGCAGCAGCUGAUCAGGAAGGUGUUGUUGCACGUGAGAAGCACGUGUGUGUGACUUGCAACAAGUCGUUUACUUCGUAUCAAGCUUUAGGAGGUCAUAGAGCAAGUCACAACAAGGUCAAGAUAUUGGAGAAUCAUCAAGCUGCAAGGGCAAACGUUGAAGCUUUGUUACUUGGAACCGAAGCAACAAUAACCGGUUUAGCUAGUGCUCAAGGAUCAAACACAUCUUUAAGCAGCAGCAAUAAUGGAGAUCACAUUUGUAACAUUUGUCAUAAAAGCUUCCCAACAGGUCAAGCUCUUGGAGGUCACAAGAGAUGCCAUUGGUCUGGACCAGUUUCUACUGAGACUCCAACCGCUGUGCCAACCGCUCCAACCGCGUCUUCUAGUCAAGUAACAGAGACAGUGCAAGAGGUGAAGAAAUUGAAGAGAACGUUUUUGGACUUUGACUUGAAUGAGCUACCACCUAACGAGGAGGAAGAAGAAGAAGAAAGAGUCUAA